AUGGAAAUGACAAGAUCACAAUUUCCAGUGGAGGAUUUGGAUCUGUCCGGCAUGGGGUUCGAAGAGACAGCGAUUGUGAACGUGACUAAUGCUGUUCGAGCGGCAUCAAGGAGACAACGUAUUCACCAGGCCGAAAUUGAAUUUGAAGAGACAAUAACCCAAUUGGAAACCCGUUUCGCCGGGUUGGUCGAAAGCCAGACAUUUCUCAGUAGUCGGUUAUCCCAAGAAAGAGAUGCGAUAGAAGAUGUAUUCGACGACUGUCUUAACAUAGGAGUAUCAAUAAACCAUUUUCGUACAGCAGAAAUCAACAGGGAUGAAGAAGGUAAUUUCGACGAGGACUUCACCUUCCGCUCCUUAUUUCAACGAGUACGCGGGCUUCGACAGAGGAGCGAAGAACGUUUAGAUAGGCUUGAAGAUAGGAUUAGGGAUGACGCGAUUGAAGCAUUGGUCGAUGUUGACUCUUGGGAUGAACUGCCAUUCAGAUCGGAAGACUGA